ACUAUUAAACCUAGCAUUUUCGCUGAACCGCCACUUAGCUUUUUUUUCAGCGGCGAUACGAAGACGAAGGAGAGGGAUCUAUCUACACAAGUGAAGCAACAAUGGUGAAGUUCUUGAAGCAGAACAAGGCAGUGAUCCUCCUCCAAGGCCGAUACGCCGGGAAGAAGGCGGUGAUCAUCCGAUCCUUCGACGACGGAAACCGUGAGCGUCCUUACGGACACUGCCUCGUCGCCGGACUCAAGAAGUACCCGAGCAAGGUCAUCCGCAAGGACUCGGCGAAGAAGACGGCCAAGAAAUCUAGGGUUAAGUGUUUCAUCAAGGUCGUCAACUACCAGCAUUUGAUGCCUACGCGUUACACCCUCGACGUGGAUCUCAAGGAAGUCGCGACCCUCGAGGCUCUGGCUUCAAAGGACAAGAAGGUCGCUGCUCUCAAGGAGGCGAAGGCUAAGCUCGAGGAACGUUUCAAGACCGGGAAGAACAGAUGGUUCUUUACCAAACUCAGGUUCUGAAGGAAUCACUGUCGGAAGAAACAUUUUGAGAGUUUUUGUUGUUGCAUUUUCUUAUCCAAUAUUUAAAACAGCGUAUUAUUGUUAGUUUCUAUGGUUCGUAUGGAGAACAAUGUGGAUCCUGUUUUGGAUUGUGAAAGACUUCUGUUGGAAAUUUCUGUUCUGGAGUUUGAUUCUCUAUUGCAUUUUGAUUA